AUGCCUAAUAACAGCACUGUAACUAUAUUUGUAUUGUUGGGGUUGACACAGGAUCCCCAAAAACAAAAGCUGGUGUUUUUCAUCUUCUUAAUUUUCUAUGGAGGCACAAUCGUAGGGAAUUCGCUCAUCAUGUUGACCAUCAAGUUCAGCCGGACACUUGGCAGCCCCAUGUACUUCUUCCUGUUUUAUUUGUCUCUUGUGGAUUUCUGUUUCUCCACGUCCAUAGCUCCCAGACUCCUUGUGGAUUCCCUCUCUGCAAAGAAAACCAUUUCCUACAAUGAGUGCAUGACCCAAGUCUUUGCACUGCAUCUAUUUGGUUGCAUGGAGAUCUUUAUCCUCAUCGUCAUGGCUGCUGAUCGCUAUGUGGCCAUCUGUAAGCCCUUGCGUUACCCAAUCAUCAUGAGAAGGCAGGUGUGCAUAAUCUUGACUGUGUUUUCCUGGAUCGGAUCCUUCAUACAUGCCACUGCCCAGAUUGUCUUGCUGAUAAGAUUGCCCUUCUGUGGUCCCAAUUUAAUUGACCAUUAUUGCUGUGAUUUGCAGCCCUUGUUGAAACUUGCUUGCACGGACACUUAUGUGGUCAACCUGUUGUUGGUGUCAAAUAGUGGAGUCAUUUGUUCAACCAGUUUCUUGAUUUUGAUAAUCUCAUAUUUUGUUAUCUUAUAUUCCCUACGAAAUCACAGUACAGAAGGGAGGAAGAAAGCUCUCUCCACUUGCUCGUCUCACAUCCUUGUAGUUAUACUAAUGUUUGUUCCUUGUAUAUUCAUGUAUACUCGUCCUCCAACCACAUACCCAGAAGACAAGAUGGUGACAGUAUUUUAUACCAUUGGAACACCCUUUCUCAACCCACUGAUUUACACACUGAGGAAUACAGAAGUGAAGAAUGCCAUGAGAAACUUAUGGAAUGUUAAAAUGAUUUCAAAGUGA